AUGCGAUAUGAGCAUGUUGCAUUCGAAGUAUUUUUAGCUGUACCAAGACGUUUAACGCCAAACAAUAUAAUGCGUGAUGGAUGCGUGCAAAGCAAUCUACCGAAUCCGUGUGCAGCUGAUAUUUGCUAUCAUAAGAAUUACAGAACAUUCGAUGGAUCAUGCAACAAUCUCAGAGAUUCACUGAAGGUGAUCAUAGCUAUCAGUUGCUUUGUUAUUAUCGUAAUAUGUGAAUGCGCUAAUUGCACAAAAACACAUUCAACAAAUUGCAUACCAUCAUUUCUGAGAUUUUCAAAGUUUAUGCGAAGAUCGGCUAUCAAAGCUACCUCAGUUCUCCAUUACCUUAUCAGUAGCUCACCAAUAGUGAUCACUUAUUGA